AUGGGCACAACUGUUGAAAAAGUAGCUCUCGGCGGCCUCAUCGGCAUCACAUACCUCGGCGGUUUCAGCCGCUUCACCCAUGGGCAAUACACUCCAGCCUUUCACCGAUACCAGGUUGAUCGAGCACCUGACGACGAGUCCACGAGGCUGAUCCCGAUUAUGGACGUGACUCUCGCGACGAUGCUCGUUUUUCGGAGAACACGAACCGUUGCCGCGCUGCUUGGCACCUUCUUCCAGUGUGUCGGGCUGGUUAUGCGUGUUGCAAGUCGCAAGCCCAUGAUACCUGAUAUUCUGCUUGCUUCGAUCACAGGAUUUGUUGCAUGGUCUUCCUACAAACUCAAUCCGCAUUUUUGGUAG